AUGUUCGGAAUUGCUGGUAACUUGCUCACUCAACCUCAUGACCCAGCAGAACUAACCACCAAGAUCACACUUUGUGAAGAAAAUUCAUUGAAGAAGAUGCUAGAUAUCCAACAUGAUAUCGGACCUCAUUCCCAUACAUCCAUUGUAAACGAUGCCAUCGCAGAGGUCACCCUUGAAACGCUGCACACAGCGGAACUACAGAUACCAAACCCCGAUAACAAAUUACCUCUACAGAAAACCCAAUGUGAUACGGGAAUUGAGGAUGAUUCCCAAGGUUUGGAUCGCUUGUCACGGGAGCGAGAUACUUUCACCGACAGUCAUCGUGAGACGCCGAAUGGGUCGAUGACCUCAGCGUCUCUCAGCUUUCCGUUACCUCCUCCUAGAUCUACCUCCCCCAGCACACAAAUGAACGACAACUUGGGCCUCGAAUUUACAACAAAAAGUCAAUCUGCAGAUGGGGCCCCAGACUAUUGUAACUCUAGACCCAGGUCAUCAAUCCCCUCGCGACUUUCGGCAUCCACGUAUGCCCAGCAAUGCGUUGCUGCAGCUCAUGCCUCGCGACUCAACCCCUACGCGCUGCACAAAGGUGAACAGGCCCUGCUGCAGGAUGACCUUUGUCACCUCCAUGUUACAGUGUAUCUUAAUAUCCGGAAUGGAAUCCUUCGGCUGUGGACAAGAAACCCUAUGGUCAGCGUUACCCGAGAAGAAGCACUUGGCUGUGCAAAGGACUUUCGAUGGAUGAAUCUAGCGUCUUUUGCGUACGACUGGCUCGUUCGUAAUGCGUAUAUCAACUUUGGGUGCGUCCAUAUUCCGAGAGCACCAAUAGCCGCAAAAAAGGGCCGGAGGAAAGAUGGGCCAACGGUAGUUAUAAUAGGGGCAGGCAUGGCAGGCCUAGGUUGUGCCAGACAAUUACAGGGACUUUUUGACCAAUACCCGGACACAACCACUCCGCCAAAAGUGAUAUUGCUGGAAGGCCGAAAGAGGAUAGGUGGACGCGUAUACUCUCAUCCACUAGAAUCCCUACAAUCAAGUCAAUUACCACCAGGUUUACGACCUACGGCUGAAAUGGGAGCACAGAUCAUUGUAGGCUUCGAUCAUGGAAACCCGCUUGAUCCAAUCAUUCGCGCUCAACUGGCUCUCCGAUACCAUCUACUAAGAGAUAUCUCAACGAUUUACGAUAUUGACGGUACCCCCGUCGAUGAGCUUAGGGACGCGAUGGUAGAGAAACUUUACAAUGAUAUUCUUGACCGCUCUGGAGUUUACCGUCAUAAGCCAGUUGUUACUCCUGUUGCGGAAGGUGACAGGGAGCUGAUCGAUUCCGGCCGUGACUCGUCUGUCGACGACGGGCUCACAAUUAGACAAUAUGAAGAAGCUGCGGCCUCAGGGACUAUAGGAAUGCUAUUGCCCUCUAAGCGUGUUCGAAGGGGUGUCAGCCACAAAACUGCAAAUGUCAGAACGUCUGCAAGUUUUCCGCUCUCUGAUCUUGGGGCAACCAAUAAUCAUUCAGCAGCCAUUGCAUGCCAAGCAAUGGGAUGGAAGUUAAGAAAUGGAGUUACUAGCCGCGACUCCAUAUCCUUAGAUCGGAUUGCGAGUAAAUCUAAGACCCAAUCACUGGGCACAGUUAUGGACGAUGGAAUAAGGCAAUAUCAAAAACUGUUACCGUUGGGGCCCAAAGAUAUGAGAUUGUUAAAUUGGCAUUUUGCGAAUCUAGAAUAUGCGAAUGCUGCGAACGUGGGGAAGCUCAGUUUAUCUGGUUGGGAUCAGGACAUGGGCAAUGAGUUUGAAGGGGAGCAUGCUCAGGUGGUGGGAGGCUACCAACAAGUACCGCGGGGACUUUGGUCCUUUCCAGAUAAACUGGAUGUUCGAACCAACAAGAAUGUGACAAAGAUAUCCUAUGACCCACGAGGGUCGUCCAGUAAUAAAACUUCCGUCCAUUGUGAAAAUGGCGAAAUUAUCCAGGCAGAUAAAAUCGUUAUCACCGCUCCUCUAGGUGUACUCAAAAAGGGAUCUAUCAAAUUCGAGCCCCCUCUCCCAGAAUGGAAGACAGGCCCUGUGAACAGACUUGGUUUUGGAACUAUGAAUAAGGUUAUUCUCGUUUUCGAGAAACCGUUUUGGGAUUGUGAAAGAGAUAUGUUCGGUCUGCUUAGGGAACCUACAACAAAAAACAGUUUAUCUCAAUCGGACUACAGCCAAAACCGUGGCAGAUUUUAUUUAUUCUGGAACUGUAUCAAAACUGCUGGGCUCCCAGUAUUGAUUGCCCUUAUGGCCGGUGAUGCCGCACACCAAGCCGAGAGAAUGUCCGACUCUGAAAUCCUCAGCGAAGUUACAUCCCAGCUUCGCAACAUUUUCAAACAUAUUGCCGUACCUGAUCCCCUAGAAACCAUUAUCACACGCUGGGGUCAGGACAAGUUUGCCAAUGGCAGUUAUUCCUACGUUGGGACAGAGGCACUGCCUGGAGAUUAUGACCUUAUGGCCAAACCAAUUGGGAAUCUGUAUUUCGCUGGUGAAGCUACCUGUGGCACGCAUCCAGCUACAGUGCAUGGAGCAUACCUCUCUGGGCUUCGUGCCGCAUCCGAAAUACUCGAGUCCAUUAUUGGCCCAAUCACUUUCCACAAACCUCUUGUUCCCACCAGGAGCAAGGCAGCCAAUACGAUGUCUAUCGCAACCGUGAAUGGCACUAUUCCCAAUCGUACUCCGGCCAACGGACGGAAGCGAAUGGCACCACUGACGACCGAAACUCAUAAAUCCCCCGGGAAAACUGCUGCUGCACCCCGAUCAAACAACUCUUUUCCCUCCGCGUCCUCCCUUCGCGAAGCCUACGAUAAAGCAAUGUGGGAAGCAAUUAUUGGCGAACUCGGCCCCGCUGAACCGCGGCCAGCAAAGAAACCACUCAAUCCAUUCCUACUAUACCAAAAGGAUUACUGGCACAUCUGUAAGACGAAAUGCGAUGAUGCCCGUCGCGCCAGCACAGGUAAUAUCAAUGCCAAAGCGCCCCGGGACGAGAUUCGCCAGGCCCUGGGCCAGAUGUGGCGCGAUGCUCCUGAAAAUAUCCGGCAACCAUACCUUGACCAAAUCGCGGUGCACCGUUUUGAAAAUGACGAGUCAUUGGAAAAAUGGAAGGAGAGGAUCAUUGAAUGGGAGCGGAAGACGUAUGAAGUGAAAGAUCGGUGGUGUGAGGCAAAUCCGUUUGAUGCGUUUAAAAUUGAAGCUACGAAGAAGUAUUUAGAGAGUAUUGAGGGCUAG